UGAAAAAAAUAUAUAUUUAAGUCUAAAACAAAUAUUCAUCUUUGGUUUCAAGUCGGGGGACUAGUUAUGGUUUGAAAUAAAUUUAGUUAACUUUUGUUGGAUACAAAAAUUCAUGUUUUGCGGGAUGGGCGACGUUGUUCCACAAGCUUAUCCUCUUGAAGGCGUGCCAAACCGGCGGCUUGAACGAGGGUUAGGGGCUGGAGUGCCUGUACUUCGCGGCGGAUGUCGGGGUCCAAGCCCGAGACGAAACAACUCAAGAGGAGCGAUGGCGGCAGGCCGACAAUCCUAUUCGCCAGAGCUUCGAACUGAUGCAGGGUUAGGUAAGGAAGAUGAAGGCGAAGCUGAGGAGUGGCUCGGGUUUUCGAGAUUAGCUACUCGAAGGAGGAGAUCCUCUAAUUUUUCAGUAACGACAAUUUGGCUUGAGGCAAGCAGGGAGAUUGCUUCUUCAAUGUGUUCCAAUGGAGAUUUAGCUCGAGGGGAGUCCGCCAUGGGAGAAGGAAAUGAAAGCACCAAAUUUGUUAAGAACCAAAGAACUUCCUAGCAUUCGAGGGCUAGGUGCCUCCUGAGAAAGAGGUGAGAAAAGGAUAUUGUAUUAUUGCUUGACCAUUUUGAGUACAUUGUUAGUAUUUAUAUAUAGAACAUUCAAGCAACUAUUCAUCUAACAAUUCCCUAAUGGUCUGUUGGCAUAUUGCCUUGGAGGAAUGAAAAUUGCAAAGCUGCAAAAA